AUGGGAAAGGUUUCUCUGAAGUCACGUGACGACAGAAUCUUCAGAAGCGCCUUUCAACAACACGGAAACUCUGUCUCUUCCUCCUCCUCCUCAUCAGAGACCAACAGCACAGAGAACUCAGACGCUGCUCCAUCAUCAAGCUGCUGUGAACACGUUACCAUGGCAACGAACACCUCAUCCAAAUAUGACAUCCCCUGCAAAGUUCUGAUCCCUCCAGGAUCUCCUGCUGUCUACCAGCUGAUACCAAAGAAAGAGAACAUUGGAAAUGUAGAGGGAAUUACUCUAAAGAGAGUGACUCUGGGUGAAAAAGAUCCAAACAAGUCAAACAAAACCAUCUUGCUUGUGGGUGAAACCGGAACAGGAAAGUCUACUCUGAUCAACGCUCUGGUCAACUACGCCAUGGGAGUGGAGCGGGAGGACGAAGUCUGGUUUCAGAUCGUAGAGGACGAGGAGAAGAAAAAUCAAUCAGAGACUCAGACAUCAGAUGUGAUCGUGUACGAGAUCUUUGGGUUUGAAGGUAAAACUCUGCCGUACUCUCUGACCAUCAUCGAUACUCCUGGAUACGGAGACACCAGAGGGAUUGGAGAAGAUGCCACCGUUGAUCAAAGAUUAUUUCAGUUGUUCCGCUUAAAUGACGGAGUUCAUGAGAUCAAUGCAGUGGGUCUGGUGCUGAAAGCAACUGAGAAUCGACUGAGUGACCGACUGAGGUACAUCUUUAACUCAGUGAUGUCUCUGUUUGGAAAAGACAUGGAGAAGAACAUCGUAGCCCUCGUCACACACUCCUAUGGUUUGACACCUGAAAAUGUUCUACAGGCCCUCGAAGAUGCAAACAUUAAAUGUGCCAAAGAUGAAGAGGAUGAGCCUCUUCAUUUCAUGUUCAAUAACUGCCAGAGCACUCAGAAAACAAAGAAAAAUAAGGUUGCUCUAAAAGGUGCCUGGGACUUAACAAAGGACCAAAUGGGUCAAUUCACUGAUUACCUAAAAGAAACGUCACCUCAGAACCUGAGAACAACUGUUGAGGUGUUGGAUACACGCACCAGACUGGCAGCCUGCAUCCAAAACCUGCAAGAGAGGAUCGAGUUGACUGAAAAGAAACAGACAGAAAUAAAACAGACUCAGGAAGCUCUGAAGAAACAUGAACAAGAGAUGAAGAGCAAUGAGAAGUUCACAGUAGAAGUUGAUGAGCCCUACAAAGUUAAAGUACCUGUCAGUGAGGGGAGAUGGUGGGCGCUUUGGUUAAAUCAUGGAGGAGCUGUCACCUGUAAUGUCUGUCAGGAGAACUGUCACUAUCCAUGCACACUGGCCUGGUACACAGAACACUGUGAGGUCAUGAAAGGUGGCCGCUGCACUGUAUGCACUGGGAAGUGUCCUGCAUCAGUUCAUGUGAAAGAAAAGUUGAUCUAUGUGACCAAGACAAGGAAAGUUCAAAAGACCCUACAAAAUGUGAAGGAAAAAUAUGAAAAGAACGAGGCGGGAAGUAAGAGCAAGUUGAGCCUUUUGGAAACUCUUGAGAAGGAAAUGGAGGAACUUCAGAAAGAAAAGGAUCAGUUGUUGGCAGAGUCCUUCCAGCAUGUCAUCAAACUGGAGGAGAUCGCCCUGAAUGUGGACUCACUGUCCACUCACGACCACGUGGACUUCCUGAUUGAGAAGAUGAAGGAGAAAGAAGACACAGAGAAGGUCCAGAAACUGGAGGAGAUGAAAGGUCGAAUGGAGAAAGAUAAAGGAAUUAAAGCAGCACUGUCGUACAGGUUUGGUAAAAUAAAAGCAGCAUCAUGUCACAUUAGUUUGUAAAAACAACCACAAAGAGACGCA